AUGAAUCUGACGGAAAUCCUGGAGCAACACAACGCUUUACUCGACCUCGGUCGCGAACACUUGGAAAAACUUUCCUCCUCGUUCCGUGAGGCGUUCGAUAAGAGCGCGUUUGAGAACGCGAAACAGAAUUGGAUUGGAUUUUACCACGCGAUUGAUUGGAAGACAGAUCGAUGGAUAUCCGCGGUUUUGGUUUUUCAUUUGGUCUCGUUGAUGUGCGUGGUGAAAUGGAGACACUGGGAGCAGUUCCAAGUGAGAAUGUUCGUCAUAUUAGGCGCGUGUAGCUUUGGAGCGGAACGGAUGAAUGGAUUUUUGUCCAAACGGUGGGAGAUGUUUAGCACGCAAAACUACUUCGACGAGAGAGGCGCGUUCGUGUCGGUGAUUUGGAACGCGCCGUUGAUGGUGAAUUUAGUGAUUAUUUUAGUCAACUUUUUACGGUUAACGGUGAAGGAGAUGGUGAAGAUGAAGAAAGCGCAGAUGAAGAGGAGAUUUAGGGAGAGUCAAAAGGAAUCGGGAGUCGGCGCGAAGAAGAAGAAGACGAAAAGAGAGACGAAAAAGAAGCAGUAG